CGCCGGUAGACUGCGACUAAACCUGCCGGAUUGUCUACAACUCGCGAGCCGCUACCGUUUGGAAAGGUUGUACGCUGUACGUGGUGAGAGCUGGAGAUUUUACGACGCCUGAGGUUUUGCGGGGGUGCCUGGUAAGGCUCUUGCGGUUCUCGGUGACCGCACAGCCUGACCUCCUCUAACGUGGAUAAUAGCUGUGGAACCAAUGGAUUCAACAGCCGCUGUAGAGGGAAAUUGCUUGGUCACUAUCAGCGUGAAGUGAGCGGUCUACCUGCCUUUCCUGGAAUUUGUUUGGGGGUCUGAGGACAGGUCUUGCUGGUUCCGGGAAGCGAAGGGGCUGGUGUGUGUUGGUGCUAGUGUUGGAGCCUCCUCUUCACUCAUCGUGAAACACCUGUAUCCACGCCAUGCAGGGCACUCGUAUUUCCGAUGGACCAGGAGGAGGCGAUGGGGAGCUCAGUCCGGAGGAGAUGGAGGAGCUGGUUGGGAACAACCCAUCCCAGCGGAACUGGAAGGGCAUCAUCAUCGCCCUGCUGGUCAUCCUCAUCGUGUGUUCACUCAUCGUCACUGCAGUCAUUCUGCUAACGCCAGAUUCACACAUCAACACGAAUCCUAAGUUUACAUUUGAGGACCUGUUUGACGACGCCUGGAAGGCCCAAGGUGUCUCAUUGAAGUGGAUCAGUGAAGAUGAGUUCGUCUAUAGGAAUGGAAGUGAUGCUGUUGUCAAGUUUAAGGCUACAGACAACUCAUCUACUGUCAUUAUUAAAAAUGACACCUUUAGCGACAUUGAUGCCUCCCGAUACAGAAUCUCCGCUGACCUGCAGUACGCUCUGCUGAUCUACAAUGUCAACAAGCGAUACAGACACUCUUUUGAAGCAAAGUAUUCAAUUUUCAAUGUCAACACAAAGAGAGCCUCAGUGGAACUCAAGCCUGACUCUUCCAUGAGGGAAGCCACACUUCAGCUGGCCAUAUUUGGACCCAGAGAUCAUCAGAUUGCAUUUGUUUACAAAAACAACAUCUAUUACAAGAACAGCUAUGCUACAGAACCUGUGCAGCUGACAUUUGAGGGACAAGAAGGAGUUGUAUUCAAUGGAAUUCCUGAUUGGGUGUAUGAAGAGGAGAUUCUCCAGUCCCAUGAAGCCAUGUGGUUUUCACCAAAUGGAACUCACAUCUGUUUUGCAACGUUUAACGACUCAGCUGUACAAGAUGUGGCUAUUCCAGACUACAGCGUAGAGGGCAGCUACUAUGCCAUCCGCAAGAUCAAGUAUCCUAAGCCUGGUUCUACUAAUCCAACAGUGAAGAUUUCUGUCAUCAAUACGGGAAACCCAAGCAGGGUUCUGAACCUGGAACCUCCAGCUGAUAUCAAGGCUCAGAGAGACUACUACUUUUCCUCAGUAGUGUGGGCUACAGACAACAAGGUGGCUGUAACCUGGCUAAACCGCAGGCAAAACCUCUCAAUCAUCUGUAUAUGUAAUGCGGUGACUGGGAGCUGUUCUGAGAACUACAGACAAACCAGCACUGCCUGGCUAAGACCGCACAUCAAGCCCAUGUUUGCUGCUGACGGGAGUAAGUACUUCAUCCAGCUGCCCUACAGUCAGGGGAACAGGGGGAAGUUUCCACACAUUGCUGUCAUCAGGGCUGAUUGGAAUGGAUACCCUUUUGUACAGACUGCAGGAGGUGUCAACAAGGUUCAAGAGUUCCUGACUAGUGGCCCAUGGGAAGUCACCAAAAUCCUGGCCUAUGAUCAAAUGACGAACACAGUUUACUUCCUGAGUACGGAGGAGACGGCACGCAGCAGGCACCUGUACAGUGUGAGCAUGGGCAGCGCCCAGGACAGGAAGUGUCUGAGCUGUGGCCUGUUUCCAAACUGCACCUUCUACGAUGCCACUUUCAGCAAGAAUCAGAAGUGGUACACCUUGCACUGCUUGGGUCCAGAUGUUCCAAGGGUAACUCUGCACAGCACUACAGAUGAGAUUGGCAGGAAAGUGAUUACACUAGAGAAUAACAGUGUUUUGAGGAAGAGGGUCUCUGCCACCCAGUGGCCAACUUACAAAUAUCAGGAGUACACCAUUGAAGAUGGAAACACCUACUGGGCGGAGAUGAUCCUUCCUCCUGACUUUAGUGAAGACUCCAAGUAUCCAGUUCUGUUAGACGUGUAUGGAGGCCCAGGUACUCAAAAAGUCCAGGAGACUUAUCGGGCCAACUGGGCCACCUAUCUAGCCAGCACUGAGGGAGUCAUUGUGGUGAGCUUUGAUGGGCGUGGCUCUGGUUACCAAGGCGACAAGGUUUUGUAUGAACUGCACGAGAAAUUUGGAACAGUGGAGGUCAAAGAUCAAAUCUUUGUUGCCAAGGAACUUGGCAAACUGGAUUAUAUAGAUGAAACCAGAAUUGGGAUCUGGGGAUGGUCAUAUGGCGGCUAUGUGACAACAAUGGUUGCUGGAGAAGGUGAUGGUGUGUUUAAGUGUGCAGCAGCUGUGGCUCCUGUGGUGGACUGGAGACUUUAUGACUCUGUGUAUGCUGAACGAUACAUGGGAGAUCCACACCACCCAAAAAACUCCAGGGCUUAUGAUGCUGCCAAUGCAUACUCUGGCCAUAGAAUCAAGGAAUUCAGCAAACUGCAGGGGAACUUUCUGGUCAUCCAUGGCACUGCUGACGAUAAUGUUCACUUCCAGAACACAGCCCUUCUGAACAAAGCCUUAGUGGAGAAUGACAUAGACUAUAGAGUACAGUUCUACACUGACCGAGCGCACAACCUACAAGGACAGAAGACUAAGAGGCAUCUUUACAGACUCCUUAGUAGCUUUUUUCGAAUAUGCUUCGAGGAGCCAAAGAAAGAAGGCGACGAUGAGUAAUCCAAGGAGCAUGAAUACCAAUCUCAAAUGUAGAGGAGUCAAGGUAAAAGGUGAUCUCUUAAUCAACUGUGAAAAAAAGACUGACAAACCAGAGAGAGGUGAUAUGAGUUUUUGGCAUCGACUAAGUACAGGAGGCAACAUACUUGAAAAGGUCAUAAAAAUGUGAAGUGUGACAUGGACCGACAAGAAGAAAUUGGUAUGUCCCCUUCGGCUUUGUUUCUCAAGGACAUACUCAAGGUCAGUCCUGCUUGAGUUCAACACUUGGGAUCAGUACUAAGAGGUCACAUGAAGAUGGAUUAUUUGACCCUUGGACUAUUUCUGGUAGGUGAAAAACAUGUAUGUGUUACUUAUCAACAUGAAUGUGAGUGGUUUUAAAUACCAAUGCAAGCUGUUGUUAAACUUUUGCAUUGUGAGCAAAUCUGAUGACGGAUGAGCCUGAUGAAACCUAAAGAAGCAAUUUGCAUAUCAAGUUUGUCUAUCUAUAAUAUAGUAAUAAUGUGAUCAUUCAGAAAGACUUGUACAAUGUACAAGCAUAGCAUUCAUGUGUGAAGUGAAAUUAGUUUUGAUCUGUUGUGUGUUUCAUAGAAUAAGAUCAUCACAAUGUAUUUCAAAAUCUGUUAGAAAUUUGUUUUCAACAUGAUAUAAAUUUCAGUAUAACAUCAAUUUAAAAAAAAUAUUUACUCAGAAAUAUCUGCAAAAGUUAGCUAAGCAAAAGAGAUAUUAUGAAAAGAUAUACAUGUAGAUUCAAGAAUGAACACAACUACAUGUACAGGCUAUUGUUACUAUCAAAGGGUAUUGUAUGUAAGUAAUACCAAAUUAAUCUUCAUUGGUAAAUGCAUGUAUUGACAUUGGGAAGUAAAGGAAGACUAAUGCAGUGGAUAACCUAACACACAUGUAUGUCUGCAAUAUGUAUUGACAUCCCUGCUUAAUGAUGGCAUUUAUUUCAUAUUCUCUGUGAUCCUAAAGGUUAACAAUAAGCAGAUGUAAUGUCUAACAAAUAUUCUACUUUUUUGUAAAAUAAAAACAUUUCCUGUCAUACAGUGUGCACUCAUAUACAGUGUAUGGAACUGUUAAACUGUUCAGAUUCACUGAUAAGUAACAAUUUGGAAUAUCUAUGAUGUAUAUUAGAUAGAUACGUACAAAAUCACUCCAACAUUAGUAACUGCAAGAUAUGUAUUAUGAUAAUUAUAGUAGUAUUAUCGAACAAUAUAGGGUACCAACACGGGACUGUGCAAUACAUGAGAUAAAAAAAGCAUGAUUAGAUGUACAGAAACUAAAAACUAUGAUAUAUAUAUAUAUAUAUAUAUGAUAUUGUAUCCAUCAAUUAUUUCUUAAGUUCAAUCACUGUACAAGAGGUAGAAACAAUGUUUUUGUGCCACUUAGAAUCUUGUUCCUUUCUUUUCUUUUUACACAAUGCAUUUCAUACAAUUGUAGCUUCUGGUAUAAGGCCACACCAAUUUAAUUUCUUGGUUAACAGAUUCGCCCGCUUCAUUUUUUCUGAUUUGCAAAAGAAAAAAAAAUUCAGA